AUGAUUUGGGUUCAUCUUCCAGGACUCAGUUUAGAAUAUUGGGAUGAAAAAACUCUCUUCACAAUUUGCAGAGCUCUAGGUGAUCCAAUUAAAGUUGAUGAAGCUACCCUCAGUUAUGAUAAUGGAUACUAUGCUAGAGUGUUGGUGAAUAUUGAUUUAGCAAAAACAAUACCAAGGAUACAACAACUCAACAUACAUCAAGCAUUCCAAAAAAAUGUUAAUAAUACAGUCAGGGAGAAGUUUGAUAUUGGUGAUCAUUCAAAAGAAGCGAGUGGUCAAGAAAAUUUUACUCCAUCAACUUCAACAUUGGUGAAAAAGUUACUCCAACAAAACUUGAUAUCUAGCACAAAUAUUGUUAUUUCAUGUGGAGCUUUUGGUCCUCUUGGGGACAUAAAUGAUGCAGAAAAAGUAAUAUGUACUCCUCAACAUGUUCCUUUGGAACCUGAAAAAGUUCGACAAAUAGCUGAAGACAAUGCAAUAGAGAAAAGUAUGAUAAAUUUUAUUGAUGGAAAGAAUGGUUCUACCUCAAUGCAACAAGUUCCAAUUACUUCUUGGUCUAGAGUUGUUCAAAGACCACCCCCUCCAUCAUCAUCAAGUCAACCUAAAAUUCCUAAAGAAGCAACUGAUGUUAAGAUGGUGAUACAUAAUUCUAUUUCAAAUAAUAAAGGAAAUAUUUGGUUAUUCUGGAAUCAAGCUUUAUCUACUCCAACUGUCAUCUCAAUGUCUAGCCAAAUGAUUACAGUGGAUGUGGGAGGUAGUUUAAUAUCUGGUGUUCAUGCUCAUGUUGGUUAUAUUCAAAGAAGAAUUCUCUGGUCUGAAAUGGAAGUAAUUAGUGUUAUGAAUAAAUCUUGGCUGGUUAUAGGUGAUUUCAAUGCUGUGGUUUCACCUAAUGAAAAGUUUGGGUGUAGAAGUCCAAAUAGAAGAGCAAUGUUAGACUUUACUACUUGUUUAGACAAUUGUGAACUUUUACAAGCUCCUAAAACUGGGUUACAAUUUUCUUGGUCUAACUGUCAAUAUGGCAAUAAAAGAAUCUUAUGCUGCUUGGAUAGAGCAAUGUUCAAUAAUAUUUGGUUGCAAAAAUAUGCAGAUUGGGGGUACAAGGUUGGUUUAAGGAUUGAUUCAGAUCAUGCUCCUCUCCUUGAUGGUUGUGCUAACAUUCCCAAGCCUAAGAAUGUUUCUCAAAAAUUCCAAAAAAUGUGGAUAUCUCAUCCUACAUUUAUGAAAGUAGUUCAAGAUUGUUGGUCUGAAUUGAUAGAGGGAGAUCCUGCAUUUGUUUUUCAAAGUAAGCUUAAAAAAUUGAAAAAUGUUCUAAGAGAAUGGAAUUGGAAUGUCUUUGGCAAUGUGCAUACACAAAUUAAAGAAGCUGAAACUAAAUUAAAUGAAGCUAUGCAGCACUCUGAUAAUAAUCCUAAUGAUGUUGAAGCCUUAGAAAAAUUGGUUGAAGCUCAGAAUCUACAUAAUUCACAGGAAGUUCACUUAAGCUCAUUAUUAAAAACAAAAUCCAGAGUUAAGUGGAUUAAAGAGGGAGCAGCUAACACCAACUUCUUUCAUACAAUGCUCAAAAUUAGGCAAGCAAAGAACUGUAUUAGUGAGUUGAAGACUGCAAAUGGUGAAAUCAUCUCAGACCAAGGAAAAAUUGCAGAUGAAUUGGUUAAAUUUUAUGGACAAAAAUUCAAAUUUCAAGCAGUAACAGUUGAUGAGUUUUUGUUAAAACACAUUCCUCAGGUUAUUACAGAUGAAGAUCAAAAGAUGCUAGAUGUCAUUCCUGAAGAGGAGAAAAUUAGAGCAACCAUUUUUAGUAUGGAUCCAGAUAGCUCACCUGGGCCUGAUGGUUUUUCAGGUUGUUUUAACAGAGCCUGCUGGCAUAUAAUAAAAGAAGAUGUGAUUCAAGCCAUUCAAUUUUGCUGGAGAAGAAGGUACAUUCCUAAAGGAUUAAACUCAAAUUUCUUAGUCUUGCUUCCAAAAGUUGAUGGUGCUAAAACUCCAAGUCAGUUCAGACCAAUUGGUUUAAGAAAUGUGAGUUUUAAAAUCUUUACAAAGCUUAUCACCAACAGAAUGAGUGUUUUAAUGGCUAAACUAAUAUCUCCUCAGCAAGCAACAUAUGUUAAGGGUAGAAUCAUUCAACAACAGAUUCUUCUAGCUUCAGAAUUGGUUAAUGAAAUGAAAAAGAAGAGAGGGGGGGGUAAUGUAGCUCUCAAACUUGACAUUUCACAAGCAUAUGAUUCAGUCAGCUGGCAUUUUUUGUUUCAAGUACUUCAGAAAUUUGGCUUUACUGAAUCCUGA